UCAUAUCAACUUUUCCCGAGAACUCUCUCUGCAACGAUGUUUUUUUACUCUGUUUUUUAUCCAGGAAUGCUCGCAAGUAAAUUUGGGAAAGAAGGAAGCAAAACCACCUUCAUUUCUCUCUCUAAAAGCUUUCUUAUCUCCCCAUCAUAGAGAAAGAAGCCUGAGAAGCAAAUUUGAAGGAGGAGGGAUUGGAGGCCCAAUUUCAUCUCUCUCUCUCAUGGCCCAAGCAUCAAUUCAAAAGCGGAAAGAAGUUGAAACCAUGGCUGUGCACUCUAUAUUUGAUGCAGGAGUGCUAAGAAAUGAAUUUGAAAAGGCAGGAAUCAGUCACAAGUUCAUUCCUCUCAUAUGGAAGUACAUUCUCCAUAAUCCUGGCUGCCAAGCUCAUGAGGUCCCUUCCUUGCCAUCUAUUGCUUAUCCUUUGCUGAGUUCCAAGUUUAAAUCCAUGACUUCCACUCUUGCAUCAGUUGUGGAUUCCAGUGAUAGAGUUACAACAAAGUUGCUUAUCGAGUUACAAAGUGGCUCCUUUGUUGAAGCUGUUAUUAUGAGAUAUGACACACGACUUGGGAGAUAUGGCGGUAAUCCUCGUCCUGGAGGUCCAAGGUCAACUCUAUGCAUAUCAUCCCAGGUGGGCUGCAAAAUGGGUUGCACAUUUUGUGCUACAGGGAGCAUGGGAUUUAAAAGCAACCUCUCGUCAGGGGAGAUAGUGGAGCAAUUAGUCCAUGCCUCAAGCUUUUCAGACAUCCGCAAUAUUGUUUUCAUGGGAAUGGGAGAGCCACUGAACAACUAUGCAGCUGUUGUGGAGGCUGUCCAAGCCAUGACAGGAAGCUGUUUUCGGUUAUCUCCAAAGAGAAUUACAAUAUCAACUGUUGGGAUUAUCCAUGCUAUUAACAAGCUGAAAGAUGACCUACCAAACGUAAACUUGGCUGUCUCUCUUCAUGCUCCAAUACAAGAUAUCCGUUGUCAAAUUAUGCCCGCAGCUCGUGCUUUUCCCUUAGGCAGACUCAUGGAUAACUUACGACUCUAUCAAGAGAACAGCCAAAGGAAAAUCUUGAUCGAGUAUAUCAUGCUCGAUGGGGUGAAUGAUGAAGAGCAGCAUGCUCACCAGCUUGGCCAGUUGCUUAAGAUGCUAGUAGUGGUUGUGAACUUGAUACCCUUCAAUCCCAUUGGCAGUCUAAGCUGUUACAACGCAAGUAGUGAGCAAAACGUAAAAAAGUUUCAGAGAAUCCUCAGAGGCGUGUAUAACGUCAGGACAACGGUUCGUCGAGAAAUGGGCCAAGAUAUAAGCGGCGCGUGUGGUCAGCUAGUGGUGAAACGUUCGGGAACCAAAUUGGUAGAACAUGUAAACAAAUUAACAGAUAUCGAAGACUUAUCAAGUCUGAAAAUAUAGGAUUCAUGCUGCAUGUCUGGAGCCAAAUAAGUAGGCUAGGUCCCUUGUGACGCCCUCAAUUCUAACUCUUUUAACACUUGUUUUGUAUUUUCUCUUUUCUUAUUCAUUCUGUUCUAUGGCAACCUGAUGUUUGUUUUGUAUUUUUUCUUAUCUUAUUCAUUCUGUUCUAUGGAAACCUGGUGAUUCUAACUCUUUUAA